AUGCCAUUCCUGCGGUUUGUAUACUUUGACUUCAAGCAUGAAGGCAUCUUCAUCGAUCCGCCAGUUUCAGGUUCGGUUAGGGUAGGAAAGAAACAUGUAACAACAUACAACAAAGGUAUCUACAUCUUGCCUAUUUUGCCUGUCAGUCUACCGGUUCAUACCAAAGACAAAUACCAAAUAUACACAGUACUGGAAGCUUGGGCUUGA